UCUGAUACUCUGAUCUCAUACACUGUUUUAUUGUAAAAUUUUAAUUAAUUGCAUAUUAGAUGUCUUCCAGAAUGGCAUGGAAGGAUAUAAGAGAAGAAUGGGAAGGGCAAUUUUCAGAGACAGACUCUGUUGUGUUCUGUUAAUAUUGUUACAGUAUUUAUUUAUUCAUUUGUCUUCCUUAUUUUUCUGCACUGGCUGUUCCUGCAGUUGCAGUUGCAGGCUUUGCACCUUUCUCUCUCUUGGACACCAUAGCAUAAUGGAGCUCCAAACCCGGAGCAAUAAUGGAGAAAAAGCAAACCCAGAAGAAGACAUCGACAGCAACUGCUCCACUCCCUAUGUAAGUGCUCCUUCCAGUCCAGGCCGGGCACCAGGCGGUAGUGGAGGCUUCUUCUACAGUGCUCCGGCGAGUCCAAUGCACUUCACCAUAACAGCGGCUUCCACUUACUCACCCUCUUCCUCUUCCUUUGAGAAAAACUCCUCUUCCUGCGAGUUUGAGUUCUCGGCUCGGUUCAGUUUGACGGGUUUUAAUGGUUCAGCUUCAAUGAGUUCGGCAGAUGAGUUGUUUCUGAACGGUCAGAUCCGACCCAUGAAACUUUCGACCCACUUGGAGCGUCCACAGGUUCUGGCCCCCUUGCUGGAUCUGGAGGAAGAAGAUGAUGUAGAAAACGAGGAUGUUGAAGCGCGUGUACGAGGUAGAGAUCUGAGGUUGCGGGACAAGUCUCUCCGGAGAAGGACCAGAUCCCUGUCACCUCUGAGGAACACGCCUUUGGAGUGGACAGAAAACGAGGAUGUGGUGAAUGAGGUAAAAACAGACAAGAAGGAAAACGUGACCUCUUCAAGUGGAACAGGGAGGAGUUCCAAGAGAUGGGUUUUCUUGAGAGAUUUUCUCAGAAGUAAAAGCGAGGGAAGGAGUAACAACAAGUUCUGGUCCACUAUCUCCUUCUCUCCAGCCAAGGAUAAAAAGGCCCAAAACCAGGUUAAUGGGCUGCCAAAGUCCAAGAAGGUGACAGAAAAGCCCACUAACGGUGUCGUCGUAGGAAAGAGACGCCUACCGGCCUCACCCCACGAGUUGCAUUAUAAAGCUAACCGCGCCCAAGCGGAGGAGUUGAGAAGGAAAACAUUUUUGCCUUAUAGACAAGGCUUGUUUGGGUGUUUGGGAUUUAGUUCCAAAGGAUAUGGUGCUAUGAGUGGCUUGGCCAGAGCCUUAAACCCUGUCUCUUCCAGUGUGCAGUAACUGAGUCUGAGUUAUUAUAUUCACGCUAGCUGGUUCUAGUUUUGGAACUUGAUUUCAUCUUAAGUUUUAAUAUCUUUUCUGCAGUUAGAUUAGACCUAAAUAAGGGUUACAGCUUUGGGUUGUUGUUGUAUAUUUUAUUAAUUAACAAUUUUAAGGGAUUCCAAAUGAAUUGAAAAUAUAUAAAAGAGAAUAAUGACAGAAUCGGGUGUGAGGUGGGUUUAGGUAUGAGGACCCAUAGUAACAGUGUAAACACAGUUGGAAGAUGUUUCUAGUGUAGCUCUAAGCAGACCCACAAUUGAAAGAUGCUUAUGCUUGUUUGUAUCUUUGGUGUCCUAAACUUUUUGUUGCUUAUGCAAAUUGUAUAUCUGUCGGGACUCGGAGUAGGGCAAAUACAUGAAAUCACCAACUUUGCCCUUGGCUAGUUAUAAAUAAGAUGAAAUCCAUCUGUUAUGAAUGAGACAUAAUAUAAUGAUUUGUCAUUGAGUUUCUGAAAA